CUACAGAGCCAGCACCCCUGUCAAUAAACGGGUUUAGAGUUGAAUGCAUUAAUUGCAAACUAUCUAUAGUCUGACCACAAAAAAUAUUGUUCCUUUCUAGUUUGUUGUUUGUUUUGCAUACAGCCCCUAAUCCUCCGCAGAAAGCAUGAGCUUAGCAAUCAGCAAUUCCAGCACCAGCCUAUAUAAUCUUUCCAACUGCCUCUCUGAAGAAUCCACUCUUUUGGAAGAUUAUAAGCUUGUGCAAGAGUACCUCUCGUUUGUUGUGGACGACUACCUUGAAGACCCUCAUCCCACCAUGGACCCUAUACAACAAGAUGAUAUCCAGUUACCAGCCAGAUCUCCAGCCAGACUCCUCAACCAGAAACCCAUUGAAAUUCCUGACUCGCCAGACCUAGGACUUCUGGACUCGAGUUCCAUUGACUACAACUCGUAUGGGUCAGAUAGGUCGAGUCGGUCGUCUAUUUUUUCUGACCAUCAGACUGAAUUGCAACCACAACCACUGCCAACAGACUCACCAGAAGGGCUUCUGGACGAAGAGAUGUUAGUCCUCUACGGGUAUGUGGAUGUUGAACAAGAACAAGUGGUGAACAAAGUCCACGAUGUGAUUACUAUUAGUUAUUCCCACAACGGCAACGACCACCAAAAGCUGAGCCAGCUUAAGGUAGUGGACGUGCAAGUCCGUGCACCUGGUGCUUUCAUUUAGGGAAGGUGUGUAAUGAGUUAUGGGUUAUAUGUGUUUAAUAAUGAUAGAUUUGUUAAUGUCGUAGGAUUGUGUGAAUGCUUGGUUAUUUAGUGAUGGAUGCUAUUAUUAUAUGGUAUGUUUGGUUGUUUAAUAACGUAUUUUAUUAGUAUGUCGUAGAAUUAUAUAGGGGGAUGCGUCCACGACCGUACUCCACCACUCCGUCC